AGGGUGCCACGGGGAAGAUCGCGACCUGCAAAUUCUGGCCCGAGAGAGCUGGUCCAGGGUCUGAGGACUAGAAGCAACUGUGGCGAUGUUGCGGUGUGGCUCCCGGCGCCUUGGCUGUCUGCGCGCCGCUCUCCGGUCCCAGGCUCACCACCGGAGCGUCACCUUCUGCAUCGAUCCUUCUUUGGGACUAAAUGAAGAACAGAAAGAAUUUCAGAAAGUGGCCUUUGACUUUGCUGCUCGGGAAAUGGCUCCCAAUAUGGCAGAGUGGGAUCAGAAGGAGCUGUUCCCUGUGGACGUGAUGCGGAAGGCAGCGCAGCUGGGUUUUGGGGGAAUCUACGUACGAACAGACGUGGGUGGGUCUGGACUGUCUCGCCUCGAUACUUCUGUCAUCUUCGAAGCCUUGGCCACGGGCUGCACCAGCACCACGGCCUAUAUAAGCAUCCACAACAUGUGUGCCUGGAUGAUUGAUUGCUUUGGAAAUGAGGAACAGAGGCACAAAUUUUGUCCACCGCUCUGUACCAUGGAGAAGUUUGCUUCCUACUGCCUCACGGAACCAGGAAGUGGGAGUGAUGCUGCCUCUCUUCUGACCUCAGCCAAACGACAAGGAGAUCACUACGUCCUCAAUGGUUCCAAGGCCUUCAUCAGUGGGGGUGGUGAGUCAGACAUCUAUGUGGUCAUGUGCCGAACUGGAGGAUCGGGCCCCAAAGGCAUCUCCUGCAUAGUUGUUGAGAAGGGAACCCCUGGCCUCAGCUUUGGCAAGAAGGAGAAGAAGGUGGGGUGGAACUCCCAGCCAACCCGCGCAGUGAUCUUUGAAGACUGUGCUGUCCCUGUGGCCAACAGGAUUGGAAGCGAGGGGCAAGGCUUUCUCAUCGCCAUGAAAGGACUGAACGGCGGGAGGAUCAAUGUUGCAUCCUGCUCUCUUGGGGCUGCUCAUGCUUCAGUUAUCCUUACCCAAGAGCACCUCAAGGUCCGGAAGCAGUUUGGAGCACCUCUAGCCAGAAGCCAAUACCUGCAGUUCCAGUUAGCGGACAUGGCCACCAGGCUGGUUGCCUCCCGGCUGAUGAUCCGUACUGCCGCAGUGGCUUUGCAGGAGGAGCGGGAAGAUGCAGUGGCCCUGUGCUCCAUGGCCAAGCUCUUUGCUACAGAGGAAUGCUUCAAUCAGAUCUGCAACCAGGCUUUGCAGAUGCAUGGGGGCUAUGGCUACCUGAAGGAUUAUGCUGUUCAGCAGUAUAUGCGGGACUCCAGGGUCCACCAGAUCCUAGAAGGUAGCAAUGAGGUGAUGAGGAUGCUGAUCUCUCGAAGCCUGCUUCAGGACUAGGUCCUAAACUGCAGAGUCUGGCCUGGAGUUCAUGUGCAGCUGCAAUCAGUGUGGCAUACUCAGAUAGGUUGUUCAGUUGCAAGUGGAUCCUGGAGGAGAUUGAAGGGUGUGCUCUUCUGAUAGAGAACCUUUGUGGUCAGCAGUGUGCUGGCUCUGAGAUAGGAACAGGAUUCUCAGGAGAGCUGGAAGGGCCCUGAGGAGCAUGCCAGAAGACUUGCUCUCUUGCUGUCCUCAUUCUGGAAAGACAAGCAGUCAACACUGUGGCUUGGAUUCACACGAUGUGCGUUUCGUUGAUUCUUGUGCUAGGGUCUGGGUCCCUCAAUGAAGUUUUUCCUGAUUGCAGAGGCAGGUGGGGGGGAGGCAAGUGGACAGCCUGUCUCUUUCUGCUCUCUGUUCUGCACUGGCAGGGUCUCAGGACAGCACUCCUGAACUCAGAUCAUAAUGAAGUAAAUAUGUGGGAAUCUACUGCUAAGCUAUGAAUCAGGGUACAUCUUUACUCUCCCCACCACAUAAUAAAUGUCAAGGGCUAAGAUUAUUUGGAACAUUUGGAUUUUUAUAUGGGCUUUUAUUUCCUCUUUUGGGGCUGCUUCUCUUUUUAAGUACUUUUAUUAGUACCUUGGUAAAUAAAAUCUACCUCUUUCAACUAUAAGCCUUAUAACUAUACUUGAUUUGAUUCAGUAUAUAUUUGAUUCAAUAUUUAAUUGGAUAUUAGAAUAAUUAGGAAUCUCUUCUAAGGCAGUUUGUCUUUUAAAAAGUACAUCUUUUAAUUAAUUUUGCAAACAAAGCAUUAUUUUUCAUGUAUGGAAGUCUAAGUGUUACUCAAUGAUUAGGACUUUGGGAAAACCCUGCUACAGAUGAUUAUCUAAUCCAUCUUUUGAUGUUAGGAAAGAACAAUGUACAUGAUAUUUUGUUAACCACAGUCACUGAUUAUAGAAAAGGAUAUAUGUCUAUAACUGUAAUAGACAUUUUUUCUUAAUGCUUAUGCUGUCUGAAAUUGUCCUGUGCACAAGGAGCAAGGUGUAAUUCAGAGUUGAAAAUAGGGUUCUGUUGUCCCACAGCUGUACCUAACAGGAGCUAAUGGAAUGCAUGAUCACAGAGUCUGUACAAGACAGAAUAGUCUGGAAACAAGUAAAGGUAGAAAGAGGUUCACAGAGGAGGUAAAAACUCAGAUUAAGCUUUUAUGAAAAUGUCUAAAGGGAAACUGCUUUGCAGAAGUCGGGAGGGAGUACAGGAUUUGUGUGGGCGGUGCGGACAUUUGUGUUUGUUGUGGUUUGGGGUUGGCAUGAAACAGAAAGUAUGAGUUAAGUGUGGUUAGAACAAUGGAAAAAGACGGGUGGGGGUUGUUUAUUAUUUGUCUAUCUGUGUGGGUGUGUGUGUAUGAUGUCCAUGUGUGAGUACCACUUUGUGUGUGAAACAGCUCAGGGAGUCAUUUCUUUCCUUCCACUGUGAGGGGCUCCAAGAAUCAAAGAGAUCAUCAAGCUCGUACAGCAAACACUUCCCCACUGAGCCAUCCCACUGGUUCCAGAUUCACCCAUUCUUAAGAAUACUGAAAAUUGUCAAAGUGUGAGAGCCUCUUAGCCUAUCCUUGGAAACAGGGAGAGUGAGCAGGUGACAGCCACUGUAGACCAGUGCUUAGAAUGUCCACUGUGGAACCUGGCUAGUACAGAGAGCUGGUCAUGAACCAGUCUGAUUGCUGAGGUUCCUACUCCUCCUCGAAGCAGUCCCAAUGCUAUCUGUAGUGAUGCCUUUGAAGUUACGGUUAUUGAAGAGUACGAGCUGUGGGCCUGAAAUGAUGACACAGCAGUUAGGAGCACUUGCUGCUCUUCCAGAGGACCCAAUUUGGAUUCCCAGCACCCACAUCAGGCAUCUGACAAAUGCCUGUAAACUCCAGCUUCUGUAACUCUGGCCUCUAUAGACACCUGGACUCAUGUGCACACACCCUCACAUAGACACCCCUGAAAUACACAUAAUUAAAAGUAAUGAAAAUAAAAAAAUACAAACUGAGUGUGAGGGUUCAGUCCUGUAAUCCCAGCACUCAGAAGGCUAAAGCAGGAGGAUUGCCGUGAGUUCAAGUAUAGCCUGGGCUGCAUACAGACUGAGUGACCCUGUUUUGAGCUGGCAUUAUAGCUCACUUAACUCGUGUUCAGGAGCCCUUAGGCUUCCACCUCAAGCACUGAAAUAAAGUUCUGUCAUUUCCAGAUAUUACUAAGAGAUUUCAUAUUCCCAGUCAUCUGGCAAGCAAGUGGUCAGUGAACUUUUUUUAAACUAAUUCCCAUCAUUGUUCUAUAUCAUAAAUAGAAGCAAAAAUACCAUAGCAAUAUUCACUGUUCUUUGAGAGACUCCUAUGGUAAGGCCAGGUAUAUGGCAAGGCCCUCAUGUUUGGGGUGUAGGAAAGUACAUCAUCACAGAAGGAAUUGAGGUGAUGCUGGGGGUUGAAUUUUGUUCCCCUAAAAAUAGUUCUGAACAUGUUGGCAUAUAAUCUAAUUUGGCAGAUAUAAUUAGUUAAAAUGAGGUGAUGAGGUCUACACUAGGGUAGACCUCUAUAAAACAGUGUUACUACUUCUAAGAGUCAUAUGAAGACUCAGGCCCAAGGACACCAUUAAGGGUGUCCUUGUUAUUGACCAGUUAUUGCCAGCUGUCACAGGAACCCGGAACGAGGGCAUGGAACAGAUUGUCCCUCAAAGCCCUCAGACAAAAACCAAAAACCAAGCUGUGACAUUCUGGUCUCUUAAGAAAAUGUUUGCUGGCUAAGCCCACCAAUAUGUGGUAUUUUGUUGUGCUCCCUGAGCUGAGUCAUGUGAUCAGCCUCAUUGAAAUCUUGUAGAGUGUUGGAGUGCUAUCUCAAACAGCGGAGUAGAGCUGAGGCCACAGCUCAGUGGUUCGGUGUUCGCCGAGUCUACCGUUUGUUCCACAGCAUCAAAAUGAUAAGUACAGUGUAUUUCCCAGUACUAACAAGAAGAAACUGAGAAGUAAAGAUUUAAAAUAUCACAUGUGUGAGGUCCCCAAACAUUUACAUUUAAAUACAAACAUAAGAUAUACAGGGCCUUCUCCACUGAAGAUAUUUAAUAUUGCUAUGAAAAAUGUAAAAGUUGUAAACAAAAUCUCAUUGUUAACGUUAAGGUUUGCCUCUAAGUUCAUCUACACAGUCAGUUGAAAUCAGUGCAGGGCAAAAUCACAGAUUGUGGGUGUGGGGGGAUGUUGAAAAUAGAAUAUGACGAGCUUAUUCUAAAAAUACCUAGAUAUGUCCAUUGUUGAAUAUUUACUACAGAGUAUUCGAUUUGAUUUUGAAUGCCUAAGUAAAAAAGUUAAAUUGAA